AUGCUAAAUCCAGAGCAGAAAGGGGAUGUUGACAUGUCCGAGCUUGACUUAGCUCGGUACAAAGCCCAUCAACAGCUGUACAAGCAGACCAAGGAGUUGGCCACUCCUACCCCAAGGUCUAAGAGGAAGCAGCCAACCACUGCUUCAAAGGAAGGAAAGACAUCCAUGUCCCGUAAGAGCACUGCCUCUAAGGGGACGCCUACCGAACAGACGAACCAAGACAAACUCGCGGACUGUUCCAAAGCAAUCCGAAGAAGAGCCACCCCAGCUGACACCUAUUGGGGUCUCCAAGUCCGUAGGUCUAACCGCAGAGUCGAUCUACAAAAAGUGGCCCUCAAGUCCGCCCAAGAUGAGGUUGCCUCCCUUAUGCUUCAGGUAGAAGAUCUAAACAAGUCCGUGGCCAACUUUUCUGAGAAGCCGAAAGCCCCUCGGCAGCCUAGUGCAAUGGGAAUCGUCCAAAUUGAGCACAAGGCCAAGGAUAGACUGAAUAAUCAUUUCUUCGAGGCCUUCCAACUGAUGAGUGAGGAAGUUACCUCGUCCGACACUGAAGACAAGGGGGACGACGAUGAUGCUGAUGAUGAUGAGGAGGAGGACGAAAAGGCCGAGCCAACUGAGCAAGGGGAGGCAACCAAGGAAGAGGCAACAGACGCUUCAGCCAAGCCUUCCAACGAAGGGGAGGUGGUCGAGGAGAAGCCUACCGAUGAUGCGACCGAGAAAGAGUCAACCCUGGAGGAGCCUGCUAAUGAUGAUAAGCCGGUUGAGUCAAAACGAACAGAUGAUUUGAUCCCUACGGAUCAAGACUUGGACAAGACCCUUAGGCAACUCAAAAAACAAGGGAAAGCGAAGCAGAAAAAGACCCACUCACAGAAGAGCUCUACAACACAGUCUGACACACACAAAGUGAUGACUGAUAAUAGGUCUCUUAAUUCUUUCAGGGUACCAUCCCAAGAUGGCAUUCCAACGGGUCUUAAAAUGCCAGCAAUCACUACAGAGAACUUUGAAAUUAAACCUGCAUUGCUCAGUAUGGUCCAACAAAACCAUCCUACUGACGAGCCAAUUAAUCACAUGCAGCGAUUUCAACAAUUGUGCUCCACUGUUCAUCACAAAGGAGUCACUCAAGAUCAAUUGAGAGUGAUGUUGUUUGGAUUUUACCUUCGCGAUAGAGCUCAAAAGUGGUUGAAUACUGUCAAGGAGACGGAGUGGAGCAAAAUUUCUCAGGCAUUCCUCAAAGAGUAUUUCCCUCCUUCAAAAACUGAAAAGAUUCAACAUCAAAUAUCAACAUUUUCUUAA